UCUAUAGCAAGGUUGCUAGCUGCUGAAGAUACCUAUGAAUACGCAGCUGUGUUUGCUCUAGCCAGAGCGGAGUGCGAGGCUUUGAAUUCAGAUGGUCAUGCUGAAGCAGCUGCAUUGAUGGAGGCAGGUCGUCUCUUUGUCAGAGCUGAGGAAAAUCUUCAAACCUCUUCCACUUUAUCAUCGGGUGAAUUAAUGGAACACGCAGUUUCUUGCUUUCUCAAAGCUGCAAAGCUUGCAUAUGUGUCAGAAGACAUUUCUGCACUGGACACAAGUGCCAGUUUCAUGCAACCAAAAAUCAAUUUGUCUCAAAGAAGGAUCCUUCAAGAUUUGCUGGAGAAUGCCAUUAGCCCUCCUGACGAUAUUCUCUAA